AUGUCUUCCUUCAAAGAAAAGAUAUCAUUCUACAAACUUUCUCCCAUAGAAGUGGAAGUCGAGAAAUGCUGUAGAGACGAUCUUAAAGGUGUUAAGGAGAAACACGUUAAAAAAGUGAUCGAACUGACACUACAAUAUCCAAACUCCGUCAAAGAAGCAUUACUGAAGCGUUUUAAUAAACCAUUUACCCCGAAGUCAUACACCAACUUUGUAUAUCUCUCUUUACGACUUUUACUCACGGAAGUCAACCCACUCUUUGUUCUCUCGUUUUCUCAAUACUCGGCACCCUUUGAAACGUUAUAUCGCAAAAUAACAUCCGAGUCCAAUAUCUUUAUAUUAACUUUAUCGCAGUACAUUGAUUAUAAUAUAACACUUGGGAAGAAAGAAAGAAAAUUGGAUCCAGACUAUGUGUGGAGUUUAAUGUAUGAAGUGAAGUACCAAUUUAACUUCUUUUAUCUCUUUCAAACACUCGAAGACAUGCUCCUCUUAUUAUGCUCUUGCGAUUACGCAGAUCAAGGUAUCUAUACAACAGAAACAUUCUUCGAUUUGGUACAAGUAGUCACUAUUCACGUCUCUAUAAUCUAUGUCAUGACUCUCGGGGCUUUACGUGAAACUAUUAAUGGCUUUCUUGUUGUGAUUGAAAACACCAUUUUCGACAAUUUAGAAGUCUGUCUUGACAAGUUUUUAAAAGUGAUGGCGGCUACUGUCGAAUACUUCUCGACAGAGUCCAUCCCUAAAACUAAACAACGAACUCCCGUCGUCCAUCUCCUCGACAUCUCACAAUUCAUUCAAAUCAUUAAACUCCGUCGUAAAAUCGAGUUCGACCCGACACUUCAGAAACAACUCUUCCCAUUCGACCAAUGCGGUGUUGUCGUUCGCGAGAGUCUGAAAAUGGUCGACAACGACAUAACAUUGUUUAAACCAUGUGCUCAGUUUGACUCAGCACUUCGCGAAGAUAGGUCGUCCUCAAGGUCAUCCAGUCGUGGCAAAGGAGAUGGGAAGAGUCAUCUGAACUUCUUUUCGAAGAGUGGUAUGAUAACUCCUCCCAAACAGAAGCAAGGAGUGAACAAAAGUCGGUCUUUUUGUAUCACCGAUCAAAACGAAGACAUUAUAGAGACUCCAAAGAAUGUGAAAAAGAGAGAGAAAAUUAUUAUUAAACACCACGAAGACUCCGAUCCCCAAAACAAAGGAAUAAUGCUUGAGUCGAGCGAACAAUAG